AUGUUUAUUUUCAACAUCACACAACACAUUAAUGACAUGAAGACGUGUAACAUAAACAUAUUUUUCUAUCUUGCAGAUGCAAUUAAUUGCUUGAGGUGUCCAUGGGAUCAGUGGCCAAAUAAUGAGAAAUCCAGAUGUCUCCCAAAAUCCAUGGAGUUUCUUUCCUAUGAAGAUGCAUUAGGAGCAAUUUUAGCUGCAGUCAGCAUAAUAUCCUCACUUAUUCCUGCUAUUAUUUUGAGACUUUUCAUCCUGCAUAGACAAACACCUAUAGUGAAAGCCAAUAAUUACUCUCUAAGUUGUCUUCUACUGAUGUCUCUGUGUCUCUGCUUCCUGUGCUCUUUAGUAUUUAUAGGUUACCCCCACCACCAGAAGUGUCUCCUGCGUCAAGUACUGUUUGGUCUGGCCUUCACUUUGUGCAUCUCAAGCAUUUUGGCUAAGACUAUCCUGGUGGUGUUUGCCUUUAUGGCCACUAGACCAGGCAGCAAUGUGAGGAGAUGGAUGAGCCCCCAAGUGUCCUACAUGAUUAUUAUUACCUGUUUCCUGUUACAACUCAUCUUGUGCAUCACUUGGAUGUCCACAGCUUCUCCAUUCCCACAAUAUAACACUGAAACUAACCCUGGACUCAUCAUUGUUGAGUGUGAUGAGGGUUCUCCCAUUGCCUUCUGGACCAUGUUGGGUUACCUCUUUCUUCUGGCCACCAUUAGUUUCAUUGUUGCCUUCCUGGCUCGGAGACUUCCUGACAGCUUCAAUGAGGCCCAGUUUAUUACCUUCAGCAUGCUGGCCUUCCUCAGUGUCUGGGUGUCCUUUAUCCCGGCCUCCCUCAGUGCUCAGGGUAAAUACACGGUGGCCAUGGAGAUAUUUGCCAUCUUGGCUUCCAGUUGGGCUCUGGUGAUCUGUAUGUUCCUGCCUAAAUGUUUCAUCAUAGUGUUCAGACCAUACAUGAAUUCCAGGGAACAUCUCAUGAGGAAGGAAAGACAAUAG